AUGGGUGCGCAUUUACCGAUCAUAUGCAACGACGACAUAAACACUUUCGUUUCAAACAUGUUAUAUUCUGUUGGCGUCAAUGAUGUUUUUAUUGACAACUCAGUGUUAACAGAACUUGGCGGCACCUCCAGCUAUGGCCAUUCCGACCUGACAUUUUGUCCUUAUGAAAACUGGAAAUACGGCCAUCCAGUAAUUUCUACAGAAGAUCGAAAACCGUGUACAGUAAUGAGAAGAGGAAAAAAUGGUACUGCAUUAUGGUCAAGUUUUAAGUGUACUUACAAGGUUCAGGGAUAUGUCUGUGAAAGACCAUGCUUUGAAGAAAACCAACUUCUUGAAACUUAA